GAGUCCCGCCAUUGAAUGAAGGGACCGUUGUUUGAGAGAGCUAGAGCUGUAUUGAAGGUAUUACUCUGAAGAGUACUACCGGUUUGGCGGGAAUAUUUUACCGGAAUAUGGCUACUGCUACACCAAGUCGGUCGGCGGCCUCAUCCAUGCAAUCUCCUGCCCGGGGAAUAUCAUCUACCCCUCUUUCACCAACUCGCAUAUCUAGGCUUCAGGAGAAGGAGGAGUUGAGACAUCUCAAUGACCGACUAGCCGUCUAUAUAGACCGCGUGCGUGCACUGGAGCUGGAAAAUGACCGGCUGAUGGUUAAGAUUUCUGAAAAAGAGGAGGUUACCACUCGGGAGGUUAGUGGCAUCAAGAACCUGUAUGAAUCAGAGCUUGCUGAUGCGCGGAAGGUUUUGGAUGAGACAGCCAGAGAGAGAGCACGGUUGCAAAUAGAACUGGGAAAAUUUCGUUCAGAUCUUGACGAGCUAACAAAAAACUACAAAAAAAAAGAUGCUGACCUGUCCACGGCACAGGGGCGUAUUAAAGACUUGGAAGCUCUCUUUCACCGUAGUGAAGCAGAACUUGGAACUGCACUGGAUGAGAAGCGUAGUUUGGAGGCAGAGGUAGCAGAUCUUCGUGCCCAGCUCUCCAAGGCUGAAGAUGCCCAUGCUGUUGCUAAAAAACAGCUGGAAAAGGAGACCCUGAUGAGAAUUGACUUUGAAAAUCGCAUCCAGAGUUUGCAGGAGGAGAUGGACUUCAGAAAGAAUAUUUAUGAGGAGGAGUCCCGUGAAACAAGGAAUCGUCAUGAACGGCGUAUAGUAGAAGUGGACAGGGGUCAUCACUAUGAUUAUGAAUCCAAAUUGGCACAAGCAUUAGAUGAACUUCGAAAACAACAUGAUGAGCAAGUUAAGAUGUACAAGGAAGAACUAGAACAAACCUAUCAGGCUAAGCUUGACAACAUCAAACGUUCUUCUGACCACAAUGAUAAAGCUGCCAACACUGCCCGAGAAGAGCUGACUGAGGCACGCAUGAGAAUUGAAACGCUUAGUUACCAGCUGUCAGGCCUGCAGAAACAGGCAAAUGCUGCAGAGGAACGUAUACGUGCGUUAGAAGAGUUGCUAAGCAGUGAUCGUGACAAGUAUCGUAAGCUUUUGGACUCCAAAGAAAGAGAGAUGGCUGAAAUGAGGGACCAGAUGCAGCAGCAACUUACUGAGUAUCAAGAGUUGCUUGAUGUCAAACUUGCACUUGAUAUGGAGAUAAAUGCUUACCGCAAGCUGCUUGAAGGAGAAGAGGAAAGGUUAAAGCUUUCCCCAAGCCCGCAAUCAAGAGUCAUUGUCUCCAGGGCUACUUCCAGUAGUGCUUCUGCCACCCGUACCUCUAGAAGCAAAAGAAAGCGCAUUGAAGAGGAAUAUGAGGAAGGUGGGGCAAGUACAGGCUUGCGCACUGGCACUUCCCUCGGUUCAAGUCACAUCACUGCUAGUGAAGGCUCUAGCCGCACUGUUACUAGUGGGCAGAUUAGUGGUACUCAGUUUCACUUGUCCCAGCAGGCUUCGGCCACAGGAAGCAUCAGUAUUGAGGAGAUCGAUUUGGAAGGAAAAUAUGUCCACCUUAAAAAUAACUCAGAUAAGGACCAGUCCCUUGGUAACUGGAGGCUGAAAAGAAAAAUUGGAGAGGAAGAGGAAAUUGUUUACAAAUUCACCCCUAAAUAUGUACUAAAAGCAGGCCAGUCUGUAAAAAUCUACAGUGCUGAUGCUGGUGUGGCUCACAGCCCCCCUUCCAUUUUAGUGUGGAAGAACCAGAGUUCCUGGGGCACAGGCUGCAACAUUAGAACAUACCUGGUUAACACCGAAGAGGAGGAAGUAGCUGUGAGAACAGUUACAAAGUCUGUCUUAAGAAAUGUAGAGGAGGAAAAGGAUGAAGAAGCAGACUUUGGUGAGGAAGAUCUCUUUCACCAGCAGGGUGAUCCAAGAACAACAUCCAGAGGCUGCUCUGUCAUGUAAACAACAUUCAAAAAGUUCUUCCUUUUGUUUACUUUCAGAGCCACUGAAAUCUAUUUUUAUAUGCAGGUUCAGGUUAUAUCUUCUGUAUUUUAUGCCUUUCAUUUGUUCAGCAUAUGAAGAGUUGCCUAGUUGCCUAAUGCCAGAAAUAACUGCAAAGCUUUUGUUAUUUUAAUUUUUACUUAUAGUGGUUUCAAAAAGUUCUGCCGUGUUUUUAAGUAUUUCAGUUGUAAUAUGGCACAAUGUUUACCUAUUCAUAGAAAGGUUUUAAUGAUUACCAAAAAUGUACUGCAUGAAUCAUGUUGAGCUUAACAUAUGAGGUGGCUGUUUGUAACACUAACAUUUUGAUUUGGCUUUUAUACAGAGUUGGAUAAAGAUUGACUGUUUAGUAGUCAAUACUAAAGACAAUGUAAAGAUUUAACACAUAGGAAAAUAACCAUGUUAAUGGCAGAAUGUCAUUACUGCAGUAGUACUGAAGUUUUUCACACAUCAAAUU